AUGGCACACUUGUCGCCGGCGGACAUGGAUCUGAUCCAAGACCUACAGAUGAAAGCCAAUAAAACCACUGACGAGACGCUGGAGUCGACUCGACGUAUGCUAACCCUAUGCGAUGAGUCCAACGAUUGCGGUAUACGUACGCUCGUGGCGCUGGACGAGCAGGGUGAACAACUGGACAGGAUCGAACGGGAUAUGGACAUGAUCAACGACGACAUGCGCGAGACGGAAAAACAUUUGACCGAGAUGGAAAAGUGGUGCGGUGUGUGUCUGUGUCCGUGCGGUCGCAACAAGGAGUUCAGAGAGGACCCGAACGCGUGGCAACUGUCCACCGAGAUGGGCGCAGUCGUAUCUGGUCAG